GGUAACGAACCAACAUGGAGGACCAAGACAGACAAAAUAUGCGUGCAUAUGUGCAUAUGGUAUUGAACUGCUUUAUUUUACAACCAUAAUUGUUCAGGAAUAUGUCAACUUAACACAGAACACAACUGGCAGCAAGCCAAUCACAAUGAGCUGCAACUGGCAAAACGAUGACUACUUUUCGUUGCUCAUGAGCACGGAUAAAAAAGCUCAUGUUGCACUUGAAAUGCUUGUUGAUGACUUACAUGGAGAUAAAGAAAGAACGGUGCAUAAAUUUCUUGGUCAUUCUGGUGCUGAAGAUUUUCUAUAUGGACUUGUUAGGCUCCUUGGCAGUGAUAAUCCAAGGGUGGCUGGUAAUGCAGCUUACAUCAUUGGUACUGUGGCAGAGACAGAGAUGGGUUGUUACAGAAUUCUGGGGCUGGCUAAAGGUCAGCAGGGGGAGAGGAAAAUCCUGGCCGACCUGACCCGCAUGUUGACAUUUGAUGAUUCCGAGAGUGUGAUGAACGCAGCGGGGACCAUGGGAACCCUGGCUGAGAGUUUUGAUGGUCGUGAGUGGAUGCUUGCUGAUCCCUGUUUAGAUGCAACCCUGAAUCACAUUACAGCACUUCUACAAGCGGAGAAUAUGUGGACUGCCAGCAAUGCAGCUUUAGUUCUUGCCAGAUUAGCUAUUUCAGAAAACGGUUGCAAUGCAAUUCUAGAGCAUGAAAACUCUCAACAUAUUCUCUCAAAACUAGUCCAUUCUCUUGGUGUUGAUGAAGCAGGUCGAGGAAUGAAUGCUGCUUUUGCAAUAGGUCGUCUUUGUGACAUGGAAGUUGGUAGAAAGAGAUUAUUACUAUUGUCAGAUUCUGAAAAAAUGUUGUCUUCCCUUGCAAAGAUGUUGAGUUGUGAUGACACAGGUGCUAGUAAAAAUGCUUGUUUUGCCCUCAGCUGCCUAGCAACAAAUGCUGAAGGUCAUGCGAGACUUUUGAAAAAUAUUCAUUCAGAUAAUAUUUUACGCACGCUCUCGGAGCUUCUCAGUGCAGAAGAUAGUGAGACUGGGUGGUUUGCUGCAAUGACAUUAAGAACCUUAGCUAGUCAGCCUAGAGGGUGCCUCAGACUGAGAGACCAUCCUCAAGUUAUACCUGCCCUUCAGGCUGUAGAUAAAGGGCCAAAUUUAAACAGCGAUCUGAAAGAAGAAGCUACCAUAACGUUAGAAAUUCUAAAAAGAUUAGACAAGCCUUCCCCGCCCACGAUUGAAGUGAUUGGUCACAACUCCAUCAAAGCAUCAUGGGAAGCUGUGCCGACGAAGAGUGGAUUCACUGUCAGAUAUCAGCUGUUUGAUUCCAACAAUAAAUGUGUGUACACAGGUAAAGACCUGACUUGUCAGAUCUUUGGCCUCCAUCCAUGUUCCCAGUACACCUAUAAACUUCGGGCAUUUACUGAGGGUGAUGAGAGUCCAUUCAGUGAAGGCAUUACCAUAGUGACAGAGGAGAAUGUUCCCACGGCACCCAUCAAUUUACGUGUUCUAGGCUGUACAAUUACGCAGCUCAAAAUAGGCUGGGACCCCCCUGAAGAAGUAAAUGGAACCCUGAAAGGAUACUAUAUCUAUUUAGAUGACAAAAUGGUGGAGCAUACUCAAGAGCUCUCGUCAAUUUUAACUGGACUGGCAGCCAGUACAUCAUACAAUAUAGAGGUGUGUGCCGCUACUAGUAAAGGCAAAGGAGAGAAAUCUUAUGUUGUUGGGACGACUUCAGAAAUAGGUGCACAUGCCCCCUCCAAACCCCAUGUGCAAGUUUUAGGUCGAAAUGAACUGCACAUCACCUGGGAGCCCCCUGAAGUGCCCCUGGGAAGGAUUACAAGAUAUGACGUUCUUAUGAAUGGGAAAAUCAUUUACUCAGGAACAGAGCUCAGUCACACAGUCCGGAGACUGACCCCAGACACAGAAUACUCAUUUGUGGUUGUUGCUUUGACAAGUGAAGGAAAAUUUGACAGCAAAGUGUCAAAGAAGCGCACAGCUAAAGAUGAAUAUGAUUCUAGUCGGCCGCCCCUAUAUCAGGCCCCCACCAGGAGGGACAGUAUGGGGGAGGUCUCCAACGUGUCCACAACAGUCAGCCGGAAGAAGAAGUCCGCUGCCCUGAUAGAACCCAAGCGCCAGGCAGCCAGUGGGAAGCACCGCUCUGUCACCCCUGGCAACCUGAGGAGUAAAACUCCAGCAGAGCAAGUGCCCCGGCCUGUAUCAGGUAGCAGCUGUGCUUCAACGAUCCCAGAAAAAGAAAGUAAAGAAAAUCGUGAAACUGAACACAAAGAGUCUACAAGAGUACAUGAGUCCCAUCACCCAAUCCCAGAGCGAGCACCAACAAAGUCCGCACCAGUUCACGCUGUUCAUUUCCGCGAUAAUCAUCAUCAUCAACCUGUUCAAAGAAACUCUUCAUCCAAACCUGAACGUCUUUCCCACGUCAAUAAAAUGUUUCCUCUCUCGGUAUCCUAUGUGUCUAUUCAAGGAAAUGAAGCAAAGGAAAAAGAAGACAAAAAAGUAUUUUACAAAUCUGGAACGUUUAUUGAGAACUCCAACUCUACCACGAUGCCGGGGCUUAGAGUGGAGCGUUCUAGAACUACAAUGCAUAGCAGUCAUGUGAAAAGGCGAACAAAAGUGAUAGAAAAUAAUGGUCCAAUAAACACUAACUUGAUUGGUCAGGAAUAUCUUAGUACCUUAUUAGGCAAAUCUCAUGACGUUGUGCAACCCCAGCAGGAUGUUCAGUUCAAUGUGAGUUCUCAUCAGUUAGAAGUCAGUAGACAAUCCAGCCAGAAUGAAGUAGCAACAACCAAGCAACAAAGGAAAAUGUCUCCCAUUGUGUCCCAACCUUCAAAGUCUUCAGAACCUGUUACCUCAACUCAAGCGCCGAGGGCAAGAGAGCGUAGAGAGAAGCCAACUAGGGACCUGUACCUACCCAAACCUGUGCCUCCCAGUCAGCAUUACCUGGAGGGGCGGACCCAGUCCACGCCCUUUGGGUCAAGGUCACUGCCCAGUCCUCGCUCACUUUAUCUCCAGAAAGAGGCUGAGGUCGCAGAUCAGGAAGUGCAUCAAAAGAAAAGCGGUAUUGGAGGUAGAAACAAUCAAUUGUUCCUCGCGGAACACCCCCACGAUUGUUCCUACUUCCUGUCUAUGCAGGAACAGCACUCCAAUAGUAACGUCGGUGUUCACAGAAUUAGCUCUGUCCAGCCGCAGACAGAGAGAACAAACCAGAGACUCUCGCUUCCCAACAUCCCUCAGCAAGGAAAUUCCAGAUCAAUGAAUACGAGAAAAAUGUACAAAAACUUGUCGCCUGAGUCUGUCCCUGCCAUGCCCAUGGUCCCGAGCGCCCAAACCUUCAACCUUGACAUCCCAGAAAACAAGUCAACCAUGACCACCUGGAAUCGGACCUUUAUCCCCAUGCAGCUUCGCACCCAGCCUUCCAACCUACCCCCGAGCCAGCUCCAGAGGAUGAACACCACCCUGGGGGAACAAGCUAAAGGUGUUCAAUUUAAACGUGUUGAGGCCUUAACCAGAAGUAAAACUGUGAUAGAUUUAAAGCAAAAUCCACCAACCUUAGCUGAACAGGCAGAGAGAUUUCCUAUUACACAAAGUGCUAAUAUCAAGGGCAGAGGGAACAAAAUCUUUAUAUUGGGACCUCGAAUGGACGUCCCCACAUUUGAAAGGUAGCAAGGGGCUGAUGAGGUCGCCCAGUGCACACUACAAGGAACCUGACUCCAUGUUGCUCAAGAAGUCCUGGUCCUCUCACGAAGGGACACAGCUCAGCGCCAGGUGAUCCGGGAUCCCUGUCCCCCAGGGCAGUCAGAGUCAGGCCAAGGUCACAUCAAGGCAACAGAGCUGAUGUUCAAAUCCAUACUUUACUAUAGGGAAUCCAUGUAUGAUUUCUUUCUGUUAUUGUCAGAAUCUCUGGAAGCACCCUGGGUUUUUUUAAAUGUGCAUACUUGCUGAAAUCAGAUGUUCUGCCUGUAACUCUGUGAAAUUGUUGUGUGUCUGUGAUAUUGAAGAGAUAACUGUAAUUACUGAGUGGCUUGUCAUAGUACAUAUACCAAUUGAGGGAAGUUACAACAAGGGGAUCCAAAAGAAUUAUGUGUCACAAUAGGUGACUUUCACAUUCUUAAAUAUUAUCCUAUGGGUCAGCAAAAUAAACAUUUUUUGUUUAGACAGUUUUGUACCAUACAUGUAUUCAGGAGCCAAACUUUGGCCCAGUUGGUAAUGUUAUACUUAUAGAGAAAACUUAUUCUGGUCAACUCCAGAUAAAAUGACACUGUAAGGGGAAAUAACUUGUUUACUGUAGAAGCACAUUAUGAUUUUCGUUGUUUUUUAACCAAAUAAAAUUUCGUUGGCAUUUAAUUUCGUCAGAUUGUAAUCUCUUAAAUGUAUCACCUAUAAACUCUGUAUUUAUUGAUAUUUGGGUUAAAAAUUUGUCAUGGAUUAAAUUUUGCUAAUUUAUUUGGCGCACCAA